AUGACAUCGAAAAAGCUGCGGCCAUACUUCUUGGCACAUUCAAUUGUGGUCUACACAGACCAACCUCUGAAGAAGCCAUUUACAACUCUAGAGGCAAGUGGCCGUAUGCUCAAGUGGGCCUUGGAAAUGAGAGGCUUUGACAUUGCGUUUGAGCCAAGAAAAGCAAUCAAGGGACAAGCCUUUGGUGAUUUUUUAGCUGAGAUGACUCGGCCGGAUCUUCAGCCAGCCGGAGACCAGAUCUGGAAGGUGUUCGUGGAUGGUAGUGCAACAGCUACCGGGUGUGGUGCGGGUGUCAUAUGUCAGUCUCUUGAGGGAGAUAAGUUUGAGUACGCUAUGAGAUUUCAGUUUCAAGCCUCCAAUAAUGAGGCCGAGUAUGAAGCCCUCCUGGCCGACCUUAGAUUGUGUAAGGCGGCAGGAGCAACAAAAGUUGAUGUAAGCUCGGACUCCCUACUUGUAGUCGGCCAGGUGAAUGGAGACUUCGAGGCAAGGGAGGCAGCUAUGAUGAAAUACCUGAAAAUUGUAAAGGAUGAGGCUAAGGGCCUAGAUCAUUUUACUCUACAACAAGUUCCUCGUUCGUCUAAUCAUCAGGCGGACACCCUCUCUAAAUUAGCAUCCUCAGCAUCAUGUGAUACCCCCAGGUCGGUAUUUUGGGAGGUAAAGGAAAGAAGGAGUAUUGAUGCCGAGCCGGUACAUAUCAUUGAUAGAAGCUCUACUUGGAUGGACGGGAUCAUAUCUUAUCUAAAGGAUGGAUUACUCCCGGCCGAUCCUAAAGACAGCUGGCUGAUGAAAAAGAGAUCGGCCUGUUUCGAAAUGAAGCAGGGGGAGUUGUUUAAAAAUGCAUUUGUGAAGCCGUACCUAAAGUGUAUUACUCCUGAGAAAAGAUAUGAUGUCCUGGACGAUCUUCACCAGGGGCAGUGCGGCUCUCAUAUUGGAGGACGAGACUUGGCUAAAAAGGCUGCCCAUCUGGGCUACUAUUGGCCGAGCUUAAAGUCAGACUCCAUGAAAAUGGUGAAGAAAUGUAACAAGUGCCAGAGAUUUGCAACUUUGAUCCACCGCCCCGCCAACAGUUUGUCGGCCAUCAGUAGUCCGCUCCCCUUUGCCAAAUGGGGGAUGGAUAUUUUAGGACCGUACACACCAACAUCUGGAAAAAGGCGUUAUGUGUUUGUAGUAGUAGACUACUUCACAAAGUGGGUGGAGGCCGAGGCUGUACGGGGCAUCAAGUGGACGGAUGUUUCAGCCUUCAUAUGGAAGAGUAUCAUUAUACGUUUUGGCGUUCCUCAGUCUAUGGUAUUCGACAAUGGAACGCAGUUUGAAACGCCUCAACUCAAAGAAUGGUUGGAGGACCAGGGCAUAGCUUAUUGCUUUGCUUCAGUCGGCCGAGCACAAGCCAAUGGCCAAGUAGAGGCAUACAACAAGUUGAUCUCCAAUGGAAUCAAGCGCAAGCUUGAAAGGGCAGACGGCUUAUGGGCUGAUGAGUUGGUUAAUGUAUUAUGGUCCAUAUGA